AUGCGCUGCCGCCUCCCGCGCAUCCUGGCCGACUCCUGCGCGUCCGGCUCCCCAGCGCCGCCUCCUGCCUCGCGCGUCGGCGGGCUCCCUGCAGCGCCCGAGCCCCUGCUCCCCCCGCUGCCUCCUUUUGCGUCGCUCGCCGGCUUCCAACCCGGCUGGCUCCACGACCCGGUCGUCCGCGUUGCUCCCGGCCGCCUGCCGGCUUCCCCGCAACCCGGCCUUGAGCCGGCUCUGCCCGCCAACCCGGCCGCCUGCCGGCUUCCCUGCAACCCGGCUCGGCCUCGCCGCUGCACCCCGGCCGUCUCGCCAGGUCCGUGCCCGGCCCUGUUGCGCUCUUCCGCGCCUGCCGGGUCGCCGCGGCCGCCUCGCCCCUGCCUCCGGCCUCCUCCCGGGAGGCCGACUCCCCCGUGUCGCCUCCGCGGCUGCCGCUCCGCACCGUCGGCUCCCGCGCGCCCACUGGCCGCUCGCCGUCCCAUGCCGGCUCCGCCUCCGACCCGGCCGCCGGGUCCGCCCCCGCGCGGGCUCUACCUCCGUGACGCCGGCUCGCCGCUCCGGCUGUCCGCUGCCGCUACGCCCGCACAGUCCGGCCUCGGCUCCCUGCUCCGCGCACGCCGGCUCGACGCAUCCCGCCAGCUCCCUAGGCCUGCCGGGUCGCCGCACCCGGCCCCGCCCUGUGGCAGACUCCUGCUCGCCCCGCGCCGGCUCAUCCCCACCUCCUCGCCGCGCCCGUCAGUCGCCUCUGCUGCGCCCGGCCGGCUCCGCUCCCUGAGGCACCCGCUCGCCGGCUCCGCUCCGACGAGCCGCACCCGUCCGGCCGGCUCCGGGUGGCCGCCCCGUGCCCGGCCGCGGCGCCUCCGCCUCCUGGUGGCCGCUGCUCCAAGCCGGCCCCUGCGCUCGCUCGUUCUGCUGCGUGCUGGAGGCAGCCGCUAA